AUGGAGGCAGCAGGUCAUGAUGUUACUCCUGAUGGUUGGAGAAGUGCUCGGGUUGUAUAUGUACGAUACACAGAACUUUUUGCUCUAGUCCAGUCAAAUUUGGUCGUCAUAUACAAGAAAGAUGCAAAGGUCAAAUUGGAUGACGUAUAUCUACCCAAUAAUACUGCAGUGAUUGACAUAGCGGACAGCGAUUUCAUUUUCGCGGAAAUAGAGGGCAUAUCUCCUGGUACUCAUACCCUUACAGGGGGCGACUCUGGAACACGAUUAGCGGGGAUCUUGUAUGGCUAUGGCAUUCGCAAUCAAUACCAAAUGCCUAUUGGUCGCAAUCUCGGAAAACUUUCAGCACAGACAAAUUCCGAGGUACCGAAAUGAGUUCACGUUUCACAGAUUACCUGCCAUUCGAAGCUCCAUUCUUAAACAUAGCGACAGUCUCCAAAAUAGAAUGUGCUUUGCUUUGUUCGGAAAGCAGUACUUGCUAUAUCCUGGCUAUCAAGCUGGCGGAAGGGUCUGUAUGGGUAGAAUGUCUCCUGUAUACCAUUGCAGCAGCCAGUUCACAGCUCCAUUCGGCUCCGGGAUACACACUUUACCGGCGUUUGAAAUGAAACAAACUUACUGUUGGCAA